AUGAAACUUCACAUGCUCGCGCCCCUCCAGGAUGAGGAUGACGGCCACUUCCGCUCGUCGCGAUCAAAAUUCAACAAGCCCGCACAUCGCGAUCUCCGGCCCGCGCGGGGCAUCCUCAAGAAAAACGAUAGCGGCGAUACCGACGAGACGGAUCGCAGCAGCGUGCUGAUCUCGGCUUUUGUCGCCGGCGCCGCGGCUGGCUACCUUUUGUGGCGAAUGGCCGACAACCAGCAGAAACACGGCGCUGCCGCACGCGAAACAGGCCAUGGCCAGACCGAGGCUGAUGCCCAUGCUCGCCGCAAUCUCCUUCUCCCGCAGAGGCGCCGGCCAUGGUACCGAGUUGGGUUUCCUAGUGUGCUCCAGGGUGACGGUGGCGGUGAUCUUCUGGAGACAUAG